UGCGGAUAUAGAUUUAAAAGAUAGUUUUUUGGUUCUUCCUUUUUACGUAAAGGUCGUCGCGAACGUGACAGGCUUACCGGGAAGUAGGCAAGUUUUUCGUCUUUACAGUCGACCAGGGUACAAAAACAUGAAAAUUUGGAGUAAAGAGCAUAUAUUUGAUAAUCCUUGGGAACUAGUGGCAAGGGCUCAAUGGAGAAAAUAUCCCAACAAAUUUAACCAGGCAGUUGAAGGCAUUGAUGUUGUGGACAGAAGAAUAGAUGAAAAAGGUGUUUUGAAAACUCAUCGUCUGUUAAGCACGAAAUGGGGUAUUCCAGGUUGGGCCACUAAGAUAGUAGGAUCUGAUGGUAUUGGCCAUGCAAGUGAACACUCAACUGUUGAUCCCAAGAACAAAACCAUGGAAUUAAAAACACGCAAUUUGACAUUUUGCAAUAUGAUAACAAUAGAUGAAACACUUGUGUACUCUCCCCAUCCAGAAGACAAGAAUAAGACUUGCUUAAAGCAGGAAGCUGUGAUCAAUGUUAAAGGUAUCCCAUUUGGCAGCUACAUUGAAUCAUUUGUUUGUGACAAUAUAUCAAAGAAUGCAUCCAAGGGACGAGAAGCGAUGGACCAUGUUAUAAAUGUUAUACAGAUGGAAACCAGAGAUUUACAAUUAAGAGCUCAACAAGCCAUGGAAACUAUCAACCUUAAUUUCGAGGCCAUGGAAUCGAACAAUCUCAGUUUCGAAGUUUGACGAGAAAACAAUCUAGGGUCUUCCAAUUCUAAAUCAUGGUUUCAUCAUCUGCUUGAGAUUAACCAAGAUCUGAUCCUGAAAAAAAGUGAUUUUUCAAAUCUUGUUAAUGUUUGAAAUCAUCAUCUGAAGACUGUGCCUCUAAGUUGACAAUGAAUUGUUUAUCAUCUUAAAACCCAUAUGUGGACCAUAAAGAAUCUGUUAUGUGUAAAGUUACAAGUUUCUUAGUUAUUUUUAUAAGAUAGCUUCAAAAUGGACACAUAUCAACUGCUGAUUAAUGCUGAUAGAUAUAUUAAAUCUUUAUACUAAUCAAAGUAUAUUUA